AUGCACAAAAUUCAAACAUUUAGCAUUACAUGUGUUCAUUGGGCCAGUCCACCUAAAGCAGAAUUGAUUCCUUGGAAACCAACUGAUUCGGUUUGGAGUCGAAUUCACAUUGACUUUGCUGGACCGAAGUUCAAUCAUUACUUUUUGAUUGUUGUGGAUUCACACUCAAAAUGGGUUGAAGUUUUUAAAAUGAAAACAAUUACAUCUGCCUUCACAAUUUCCAAGUUGCGAGAGUUUUUCAGCCGUUUGGGCAUCCCAGACAUAAUUGUAAGUGACAAUGGAACUCAACUCAAGUCUGCUGAGUUUAAUGACUUUACCGCACGUAAUAAUAUUGAACACAUUUUUACGUCACCUGGUCAUGCAGCAACGAAUGGCCAAGCUGAGAAUUUUGUAAAAACAUUCAAAAAGUCAUUCAUUGCUAGUGUAAAUAGUGCAAAUCUGAACAACACUACUCGUGAUUUGGAUACGAUUAUAAAUCGGAUUUUGCUUGAUUAUCGAAAUACUAUUCAUUGCACCACAGGUGAAACACCUGCUAAAUUGUUCUUUGGACGCACUUUGUGCACUCGUUUUAGCAAUUUGCGACCACCCACUGUGCGAGAAGUAAUCGAAAAUAAGCAAGAAAUUCAAAAACGCAAUUUCAAAGGCAAGCGUAACGUAGUUUUUAAGAAAGGUCAAAGUGUAAUGAUUACAAAUUACAAAGAUCCAAACAAUCCAUCAUGGUCACAAGCAACAAUUAAACACAAAAUUGGUCCACGUACGUAUACUUGUGUCUACACGCACAACAAUAAAGGAAUAAAUCGUCAUUUGGAUCAAAUUCGUGAUCAAUCAUUUAGUUUAGACGAUUCAUUGUACUACGAAAUGAAUGAAACAGGUAAUGAAUCACUGGUGUUACCGUCAACAAGCAACGAUUCGAAAGCCAAAGAUCCUGAAUGGAAGCCGGAUGCAUACUCAAAGAAUUCUGAUUCGGCAACUGAUGAAGAAACACCAGACGGUCAAAACAAUCAGGAGGGGAGAAAGUUACGUCCUCGAAAAGAUGGCUAA